AUGUCACCAUUAGUAAGUCACCAUUGGUGUGUCACUACUGGUAUGUCACUACUGCAAGUAUGCAAGCAAGCGGGUAGGAAAGAGCAAGUACGCUGGCAAGCAGGCAGGCAGGCAAGCAGGCAGGCAGGCAAGCAAGCGGGUAGGCAAGCAAGCACGCUGGCAAGUAAGCGGGUAGGCAAGCAAGCAGGCAAGCAAGCAGGCAAGCAAGAAUUGAGCAAUGGCUUUCCGGAAGUAUCAUUCGUUAACGAAAUUCGUGAAAAUGCAUUUUUACCUGUAAUUAAUUCAACGAUAAACAUGCGCGAUUUUGUCGACGAUAAUCGAAGAAUUUCCGAUUCAAAUGAGGCAAUCGAAAAUUCGGUUAUUUUAUCAAAUGAAGAUGAAUCGCGGUCAUCGCCAGCUGCAUCAAGUUCAACGCCGCCGACAUUCAUUAACACAACAACAACAAAUUCGUCGACAACGAUUCCGUCGCCAAUACCGUUUGUUGCUCGACCUCGAGGUUCUCGAGCUACAACAAGUAACGAUCCAACGCUUUAUGCCAUCUGUCAACUAUGUCAAAAUAAAAUUAUGUCAAGUAGAUUAUCGAAUUUGACAAAUCACGUUCGCCGUCACGCAUCACUUAAGCAAUUCCAGUGUGUCUACUGUAUAUAUACGCAUAACGAGAUGGCUAAAGUGAGGCUACAUAUGCAACAUAACCAUAAGGAUCACCAUAGUCAACCGUUGGAUGCUUUAACGCCAGAAAUGCAAAACCAAUGGGAAUUAUUAAUGGAACAAUGUUUUCCUGGCUAUUCUAAGAUGGAAAGAUCAGAAAGGAGUUCAUCGAAAUCGGAUGGAAUUAAAAGUGAAAUUAAACAACAGCAUGGAAAAAAUAGCGAUAAAAUACCCGAUUAUGCAUGUAUUGAAUGUGGCGAGCAUGUUCAAUUCGAGUCGCUUGCAGAUCACCUCGAAAAUAUGCAUAAAGAUGAUUGUAUACCGUAUUCUUGCGAAGAGUGUGGAUAUUUAAAUGCUGACCAGUGGAAGAUACGCCUUCAUAUAACACUGAAACAUUCGGAGAAAGCUGCUGAAGUGAAUGUCAUGCAAUUAAACGCUGGAAGUAAUCUUCAAGUGUUCCUUCAUAAAUAUUUUCCCAAGAUUCCUGCGGAUGAAGAGGAAAUACUUAUGCUUAAACAAUUUCAAAAUAUUCCAUCAAUGGACGAACAAAUUUUAUCACAAAUUUCUAAAGAUAACGAUCAUACAAUUAACGAUCAUUCAAUUGGUGAUGUUAGUGGAAUUACACAAAUCAAUUGCGAGUUAUGUCGAAAAGAGAUGUCAGAUAAUCGAUCAUUAUCAUCGCUAAUGAACCACGCCAGACGUCAUUAUCACCUGAAGCAAUAUCAAUGUUCCGAAUGCACAUAUACGAGCAGCGAAGCAGCACAUGUACGAACUCAUAUGGCCAUUAAACAUCCUCAUGUUGGCGCAAAACCUAUCGAUAAUAAUGCGACAUUGCAAAAUGCGUGGAUCGAAAUUAUGCGUAAAUGUUUCCCGGAUCUUGUUUCACGUAUCGAUCAUUUUCGUUUCAAUAAUACUGCAGAAAAUGAAAGCGCUUCACGUAAUCGUUCAAGUGAAACUAAACUUACUGGAUCACGAACUAAACGAAAAAGUGUUAUGAAGAUUCGCUAUUCUGUAUCACCGCCACGAAAACAUUCCAAAACUCAAAAUGCAGUCGAAUAA